AUGACCACCCGGAGUUUCCUGCACAUUUGCCUUGUCCUGCUCUUCACCGAAAACUCAUCUGUGGACUGUAACAUGCUUCACUUCCAGCAAAACAAAGUGAACCAAGCUAGUUUACAGCUUCUGGAAAAAAUGGGAGGACAAUUUCCUGUGCAAUGUCUAAAUGAAAAUUCAAACUUCAUAUCCCUCCAGAAUGUUCUCAGCUCCAGAGAGUUCCAGAAGGAGAAUGCCAUGGUGGCAAUCCAGGAGAUCCUCCAACAGAUCUUCAAUAUCUUCAGCAAAAGUCACAUCCAAACUGCCUGGGAUAGGAGUUCCAUAGUUGCAUUCCAAAAUGGACUUCACCAGCAAAUUGAGCUGCUGAAGACAUGGUUCGAUGGAGAAAAAAAGAUGGAGACAACCUACCCACAAAAUGAGGACUUCACCAGGCUGAAAGUGAAGAAAUAUUUCCAUGUGGUAGACAAUUUCCUGAAAGAAAAGCAAUACAGCCUGUGUGCCUGGGAGAUCAUCCGUGAGGAAAUGAGAAGAUGUUUUCUGAUUAUGGACCAACUCACAAAAAGGCUUAAAAAUUAA